CUCGCUCUGAAAAUCUCAAACAGAGUUUAAAAUUUAUUUUCAAGAAAAAUCUAUCAAAAGGUCUUUUGAAGUUCUUAUUGCUGCUUAAAGUUCCGAGAAUUUUGGGUUUACAAUGCUUAAGAUUGUGUGCCUUAUGCUGAUAGUGUCAACGGUGUUGGCCCGUCCUGAACCACCAGUCAAUUCAUACCUGCCACCUUCAGACUCUUAUGGACCCCCCGGAAGAGGUAGUGGUUCUAAUGGUAAUGGUAACGGUAAUGGUGGAAGCCAGCGGCCUUCUUCUAGUUAUGGAGCUCCGGGAAUUGGGGGAAAUGGCGGCAGUGGUUCGAAUGGAGGUGGAACUCCAUCUGAUACCUAUGGAGCCCCGGGACAAAAUGGAAAUGGCGGGGGAAGACCAUCAUCCACCUACGGAGCACCAGGCCAAAAUGGAAACGGUAAUGGACGACCAUCAUCUUCUUAUGGAGCUCCCGGGCAAAAUGGCAACGGUGGAUCUAGGCCAUCAUCGACCUACGGAGCCCCUGGACACAACGGAAAGAAUGGCAAUGGAGGAGGAAGACCUUCAUCGACUUAUGGUGCCCCUGGUCAAAAUGGAAAUGGUGGAUCUGGUUCAUCUGGCAAUAGACCAUCUGACUCAUAUGGACCACCAUCUAAUGGUAAUGGAGCUCAACGGCCAUCGGAAUCGUAUGGAGCACCCACGAACGGAAACGGAGGACAUAGCGACUCUCAACGACCAUCUGACAGUUAUGGACCACCAGCAUCUGGAAAUGGUCGCAACGGAAAUGGUCACGGACGUGGUGGAAACGGAGGAAGGCCAUCGGAUACCUAUGGAGCUCCAGGAGCUGGACCAUCCUCAGAAUAUCUAGCACCAGGUCAUGGACAUAAUGGAAAUGGUAACGGUAAUGGCAACGGCAACGGUAACGGCAACGGACACCGCAACGGAGGACACAAUGGCGCUGAUGGUUAUGAUUAUUCGCAGGGUGGUAAUGGGGGCGGUUCUUCAGGUGGUGAUGACGAAAAUAACGAACCAGCUAAAUAUGAAUUUAGCUACGAAGUUGAGGAUGCACCAAGUGGUUUGUCGUUUGGGCAUUCGGAGAUGCGCGAUGGAGAUUUGGCAACUGGUCAGUACAAUGUUCUAUUGCCAGAUGGUAGGAAGCAAAUCGUUGAAUACGAAGCUGACCAAGAAGGAUAUCGACCACAAAUCCGAUAUGAGGGAGAUGCUAUUGAAGGCGGAGCUGAUGGAAGAAAUGGAGCUGGAGGUGCCGAUGGUUACGACUACAAUCAACCUGGUAGUGAAGCUAACGGAGGUGGAUAUCCAUCAUCGGGACAGGAUCUAGGAGCUCAGGGUUAUUCGAGUGGACGACCAAAUGGAAACGGCAAUGGUCAUGGAAAUGGCAAUGAGCAUGGAAAUGGCAAUGGCCAUGGGAACGGCAAUGGUCAUGGGAAUGGCAACGGACAUGGCAAUGGACAUCAUAGCAAUGGACAUCACGGCAAUGGUAAUGGACAUGGAAAUGGCAAUGGGCAUGGUCACAAUGGUGGUGGAUCUAAUGGACAAAGCUUAGGCAGUAAUGGCUAUUCAAGUGGAAGACCAAGUGGUCAAGAUCUCGGAUCAAACGGUUAUUCAAGUGGUGAACCUAAUGGCAAUGGAAACGGUUAUUCGAAUGGACAGUCCUCUGGUCAAGAUAAUAAUGGUAAUGGCUACUCAAGUGGCAGACCAAGUGGACAAGAUCUAGGUGCAAAUGGCUAUUCUAACGGUCGACCAAAUGGCAAUGGCCGCAAUGGUAAUGGAAAUGGCAAUGGCAAUGGCAAGCGCAACGGUGGUGGACAUAAUGGCAAUGGAAAUGGCAAUGGCAAUGGCAACGGCAACGGUGGCAGCAAUGGGUACUCAUACGAGCAAGGCUCCGCAGGCAGUGCUUUCGGUGCCGGCGGACAAAACGGUGAAAAUGACGGUAGUGGAUAUCAAUAUUGA